AUGGGACAAAGGAUUUAUAGGGAGAGUAUUUCUGGGGGAUUCAAGGGACGGUGUCCCACCGGGCACGGGAACGACCCGCGCCGCUCUCGGGGAACGACAGCGCGCAAAGAUACUGCAGGGACGUGCGGGAGCGCAUCUUUCCCACGAGCGGACCCAGCCACCCAGGAAGGGCAAAGCGCUGCGCCGGCCCCGCCGCUGGCAACGGCCCUUCUCCGGGCGGCACGGGGGCCGGCGGGGCUGCGGGGGGCUGCGGCGGGGCCCGCCCCGUCGGAGGGCGGCUCGGGGCCGGCGGGACCACCCCCUCCAGUCUCCACCCCCGGUUCCCCCUCGCCUCCUCCCCGUCUCUCCUCCCCUCGCCCGGCUCAGUCGGUCGCAGCCAUGGCGGAGGGAGGAGAGGGAGAGGAGCUGCUCCGCCCGCCGCUGCCCGCCGGCGCUCCGGGCCCCAAGCGCCUGUGCUCCCGGACGUGCCCGGCGGGGGGCACCGGGGCCGCGCACCCCCGGCCCGGAGCGGCGGGGGCCGGCGCGGGGCCGGGCGCGGGGGGCAGCGGAGCCCCGGCGGCGUCGGCCGGCUGCUGCCCCGCGGCGGGGGCUGCGGCGGGGCCGGCGGGAGCGGCGGCGUCGGGGGCGGCGGCGGCGGUGUCUGCGGCGUCGGGGGGCGGCGGCGGGGCGGGGGGCUGCCUGCUGCAGCCGGAGUCGCUGCUGGACGCGGCGGCCAAGCGGGUGGCGGGGAGCUGGGCCUUCGAGAGGGUGGAGGGCCGCUUCCAGCGCAUCCCGGAGCCCGUCCAACGCCGCAUCGUGUAUUGGAGCUUCCCCCGCAGCGAGCGCCAGAUCUGCAUGUACUCCAGCUUCCAGCCCGGCCGCGCCGCCGCCGGCACCGCCUCUCCCUCCGCCGCCUCCGGCUCCGGCGCGGCCGUCACCGGGGGGGGACCCGCGGGCACCGCCGCCCCCGCCGCGGGCGCUACGGCCGGAGAGGAGAGCCCCGCCGCCGGGCCCCCGCAGCCCCCGCCCGGCGCCCCCGCCGCCCCCUCCGCCCCGCACGGCGAGGGGCUGCCCUUCCGCCGCGGCAUCCGCCUGCUGGAGAGCGGCGCGGUGGACAACGUGCUGCAAGUGGGUUUCCACCUCAGUGGGACGGUGACAGAGCCAGCGACUGCGACAGAACCAGAGAUGACCUACAAGGUGGCCAUCAGCUUCGACCGCUGCAAAAUCACAUCGGUGACAUGUGGCUGUGGGAACAAGGACAUUUUUUACUGCGCCCACGUCGUGGCGCUUUCACUGUACAGGAUCCGCAAGCCGGACCAGGUCAAACUCCGUCUUCCCAUCUCAGAGACCCUUUUCCAGAUGAACAGGGACCAGCUCCAGAAGUUUGUUCAGUAUUUGAUCACAGCACACCACACGGAGGUGUUGCCCACUGCCCAGAAGUUGGCUGAUGAGAUCCUGUCCUCCAACUCGGAAAUCAACCAAGUGCAUGGCGCUCCUGACCCUACUGCUGGGGCCAGCAUUGAUGAUGAGAACUGCUGGCACCUGGACGAAGAGCAGGUCCGAGAACAGGUGAAGCUGUUCCUAUCUCAGGGAGGGUACUACGGCUCGGGGAAACAGCUCAACUCCAUGUUCGCCAAGGUCCGGGAGAUGCUGCGCAUGAGGGACUCCAACGGGGCCAGGAUGCUGACGCUGAUAACGGAGCAGUUCAUGGCCGACCCUCGGCUCUCCCUCUGGAGGCAGCAGGGGACGGGCAUAACAGAGAAGUGUCGGCAGCUCUGGGAUGAGCUGGGGGCACUGUGGGUGUGUGUCGUGCUGAACCCUCACUGCAAGCUGGAAGAGAAAUCCUCCUGGCUUCGGCAGCUGCGCAAGUGGGGCGAGAUGGACGUGUGUCCCCUCGAAGAUGGCAAUUAUGGCAAUGAGCUUCCCAACAUCACCAAUGCGCUCACGCAGAGCUCCAGCCACAGCCAAGACUCACUGGCCAGGCCCAGACGAACCGUGUUCACCCGUGCCAUUGAGGGCUGUGACCUGCACUGGCAGGACAGCCACCUGCAGCGCAUCAUCAGCAGUGACUUCUACGUGUCCCCUGCCUACCAGCGGGAAGGCGAGAGUCUGCUCUUCAACUCCCAGGGGCAGCCACUGUGGCUUGAACACGUCCCGACAGCCUGCGCUCGGGUGGACGCCCUGCGCUCCCAUGGCUAUCCCCGGGAAGCUCUGCGCUUAACCGUUGCCAUCAUCAACACCCUGCGACUGCAGCAGCAGAGGCAGCUGGAAAUUUACAAGCAUCAGAAGAAAGAGCUGCUGCAGCGAGGUGCAACAACCAUCACCAACCUGGAGGGCUGGGUAGGCCACCCUCUGAACCCCAUCGGCUGCCUUUUUCUCACACUGACCGAAGCUUGUAGAUUAGAAGAGGAAAAUUGCCUUGAAAUCUCAGACUCCGGGGACACCAAACCCCCUGUUUACCAACACGUGCCCGUCACAACCGGCAGCCAAGACAGCGGCGAGUCCUACCUGUCCCUGGCCUUGGAGGUGGCCCUGAUGGGGAUGGGCCAGCAGAGAGUGAUGCCUGAAGGCCUCUAUGCCCAGGACAAGGUGUGCCGCAACGAGGAGCAGAUCAUAGCCCGUCUGCAGGACCUGGAGCUGGACCCAGUGCUGGUGCAGACCCUGAGGAAGCAGUGCAUCCUGCUGCUGGAAGGUGGCCCCUUCAGUGGCUUGGGAGAAGUGAUCCACCGUGAGAGUGUCCCUAUGCACACCUUUGCCAAAUAUCUGUUCUCUGCCCUGCUGCCCCACGAUGCUGACCUGGCGUACAAGCUGGCUUUGCGGGCCAUGAGGUUGCCAGUGCUGGAAACCACAGCACCGUCUGGUGAUGUGACUCACCCCCACCACUUGGUUUCAGUGGUCCCCAGCAGGUACCCGCGCUGGUUCACCCUGGGGCACCUGGAGUCACAGCAGUGCGAGCUGGCAUCCACCAUGCUCACGGCGGCCAAAGGGGACAUGCUACGUCUGCGCACGGUGCUGGAAGCCAUCCAGAAGAACAUCCACUCCUCCUCCUUGAUCUUCAAGCUGGCCCAGGACGCGUUCAAGAUCGCCACACCAGCUGACAGCAACUCAGACACAACACUCCUCAAUGUUGCGCUGGAGCUGGGGCUCCAGGUGAUGCGCAUGACCCUGUCCACCCUCAACUGGCGGCGGCGGGAGAUGGUGAGGUGGCUGGUGACAUGCGCUACGGAAGUGGGAGUGAGAGCUCUGGUGAGCAUCCUGCAGAGCUGGUACUCGCUGUUCACCCCCACGGAAGCCACCAGCAUCGUGGCGGCCACGGUGAUGUCCCACAACACCAUCCUGCGCCUGAGCCUGGACUACCCGCAGCGGGAGGAGCUGGCCAGCUGCGCCCGCACCCUGGCCCUGCAGUGUGCCAUGAAGGACCCGCAGAACUGCGCCCUGUCCGCCCUCACCCUCUGCGAGAAGGACCACAUUGCCUUCGAGACCGCCUACCAGAUCGUCAUCGACGCCGCCUCCACCGGCAUGACCUACACCCAGCUCUUCACCAUCGCCCGCUACAUGGAGCACCGGGGCUACCCGCUGCGGGCCUUCAAGCUGGCCUCACUGGCCAUGACGCACCUCAACCUGGCCUACAACCAGGACACGCACCCGGCCAUCAACGACGUGCUCUGGGCCUGCGCCUUGAGCCACUCCCUGGGCAAAAACGAGCUGGCGGCCAUCAUCCCACUGGUGGUGAAGAGCGUGCACUGUGCCACGGUGCUGUCGGACAUCCUCCGCCGCUGCACCAUGACGGCCCCAGGGCUGGCCGGCAUCCCCGGCCGCAGGAACUCGGGGAAGCUGAUGUCCACCGACAAAGCACCCCUGCGGCAGCUGCUGGACGCCACGAUAAGCGCCUACAUCAACACCACCCACUCGCGGCUCACCCACAUCAGCCCGCGGCACUACGGGGAGUUCAUCGAGUUCCUCAGCAAGGCCAGGGAGACCUUCCUCCUGGCGCAGGACGGGCACAUACAGUUCGCCCAGUUCAUUGACAAUCUCAAACAAAUCUACAAAGGCAAGAAAAAACUGAUGCUGCUGGUGCGGGAGCGGUUUGGGUGAGCCAAUGGUUUGGGCAGGGUCCGGCCGCAGCACGGGGACUCGGGAGAGAAGAAGGAAGGAGAGCGGAGAAGACCUUCCCCCCAUCGGCAGAGGCUGCUCCGUUCCGUUCUUCUGUUUCUUUUUAUUUUAUUUUAUUUUAUUUUAUUUUAUUUUAUUUUUUUAAUGUUAUUUUCUUUCUCGGAUUUAACCAUUUCACACGCUGAGAGGAUCCAGAGAUUCUUUGGGCACAAACCAAAAGGCAACCAUGGGAAAAAGGAUGGUUUGCCUAGCCCCUGCCCUCCCUUGCCAAUACCAAAAGCUAACCUGGAAAUCUAAUACCUCUUUCCUGAAGGAAGCGGUCGCUGGAGGGAUCGGAAGGUUGCAAAGUGCAAAAAUCUUUAUAAUUAUGUUGGGGGAAAAAAAAAAUGAAAAAAAAGGAAGGGGGAAAAAAAAAAAAAAGAAAGAAAAAGAAAGAAAGAGGGAAAGAAAAUGAAAGAGAAGGAUGAAAGAGACAAAGAGCAAAGGAACCUGCAACACUAGAACCUCAUGCGUCACCAAAAGCGAUGGCUUUGCAGAGCGCUUCUCCCGCCCGCCCGAGACAUGCAAACUCCUCUAUUUGUGAAGAUACUUCAAUAAAAACAAGUUAAAGUAACUGUUCUCAGGGAUUGCUUACUAAAAGUAACACAAAAAAAAAAAAAAAAAAAAAAAAAAAAAAAAGCAUUUAUGAUACUGUAAAUACUAUAGUAUAUGUGUCAAUUAUUAAAUUGUAAAGUUAUAAUUAUUUAUAAUUCUGUCUUUUAUUUGGGGGAUACUUGAAAUUGUCGUGGGCUGGGGGGAUUAUUUUUAUUAUUGCUAUUAUUAUUAUUAUUAUUAUAACUAUUAUUUAAAAACAAACAAACAAAAACCACCACAACCACAGACAAAAAGAGGAGGAGGCACGCGAACAUUCUCAGGUUUCCACGGCAUCGUCGGCAGCAAGAAGGGUGUGGGGGGAGGCGGAUGUCCGCACUCAGCUGGGAGCACCAGGACGGACAGACGGACAGAUAGAGGGAGGAGCAGCAGCCUAGCGCUUGAGGACAGCAAAGAAAAGGAUGAAGGACUCUGCUGGGAUGUACACAGACUCCGGCUCCCGAGUGGCAGAGGAUGACGCGGGAGCGACGCGGGCACCCAUUGGACAUCGCCCAGCUCUUCGCCUGUGCCCCACGGGCGCCCAUGAGUGAGUGCGAGGUGCGUGCAUGCCUUCGUCUUUGGGGGGAAUGGGGCUGCCUGGGGGCGGCUGGACUCUCCGAUCCCGUCCCACUGGGAAGGCAGGGAUGGAUGCUCGCCCCGAGCCCGCAGCGGAGCCUUCGGCCCCUGGCCGGCAGCUCUGAGGUUUUGCUUCAUUAUUUUUCCGACGGGUUGGGAGGGCUGGGAGGGCCGGGGCCAGUCUGGACAGUGACUUGUAGUUAGGAACAUGGGCUAGUUAUCUGCUGUCUGGUUUGACUUUAAUUUUU